AGGAAAGAGGAGGAAGCGAGAUUAAAAGAGAGAGAAGCGCUAAAGAAGGUGAAGAUCUUAUGUUGGGUUCUCAUGUGUCCUUCGAAGCAUAAUGAGACGGCUGUGCACGUCAAAGCCACAUGGGGGAAGCGCUGCGACAAACUCAUUUUCAUGAGCACUAAAGACGACCCGGAACUGGGGGCCGUCAACCUGCACGUUCCUGAAGGUUUCUACAAGCUGUGGCUGAAGACCAGAGCCGCCCUCAAGUACGUGUACGCCCACCACCUGCAGGAGUACGACUGGUUCCUCAAGGGCGACGAUGACACAUACGUGGUCGUAGAUAACUUGCGGUACAUGUUGUCUCCUUACGACCCCAAGCAGCCCAUCGCCUUCGGGUGUCGACUCAAAGGGAACGUGCCCGGGAAAGGUUAUCUAACUGGAGGCGCUGGCUACGUAAUGAGCCGAGAAGCCCUGAAGCUCGUGGUCGAGCGGGGCAUCGAAGCCGACAGAUGCCCUUCGACGCACCGAGGCAGACGACCCGCAGAAGAUGCUGCCGCAGCCCGUUGUAUGGUGGCCGCUGGAGUUCGUUUCGGAGACUCUCGGGAUAGCCUGAGGCGAGCCAGGUUCUCCCAGCUGAGUGCAGCCGCGUUGCUUAUGGGGAAGGACAAGAAGCAGCAUCUCUAUAAGCCAAUUAAGGGCGUCGGCUGCUGCUCCCCGACUGCCGUGACCUUCCACAAGAUGACCGUGUCUGACCUCUACCUCAUGGACUACCUGCUGUACAAGAUGGUCGUCGCCGGGCGCCACUCCUCGGCUCCCUUCCCUCCGGCGCCGCCCCCCGACAGGAGCCGCUUGUCGCCAGAGGUCCGUGGUUUGGGUUCUCUUGUCCGGGAUGUCAAUAUGAUAGGGUAA